AUGGUGCCGUAUUUCGGACCACCGGCUCGCCGUGCGACGAAACGCAUAACGGUGGCACCGAUCGGGUCAACGGAUCGUCCCUCGAUGAGACUUAAAACGGUGCUAUCUACUAUGCUACCGGCUCACCGUGCGACGAGACUCAAGACGGUGCCACCGAUUGGCUCACUGGCUCGUCUCUCGACGAGACUCAAAAUGCUGCCGCCUGUUGGGUUGCCGGCUCACCUUGCGACGAGUUUCAAGACGGUGCCACCGAUUGGCUCACCGGCUCGUCUAUCGACGAGACUUAAGACAUUGAUGCCUAUUGGGCUACAUGAUCGCCGUGCAACAAGCCUGAUCUUUUGCUGCAAGAGAAAAAUGUGCACCCGGGACAGCUCAAACUCUUGGCGCUUCCAGUCGAAACCUCUACAAGCUAUGCCUCUCGAGGUUAAACGGUAG